GAACUCAUGCUAGAUUCUGAUUGAAUUCUAGAAAAUAUAUACAAUUCUUUUAUUAAAAAAUUUUAUUUAAAUAUAUUACCUAAAGAAAGACAGUUCAGGCGAAGGGUAGCGUAACGUAGUGGUGCCGCAGCGGCCGGAGUCUCAAAUCCCGAUGGCGGACAACAACAACCAACCGCCACCUCAGCCGCCACCAUACCUUCCCUACCGCCAGAAAGAAGUUCUCACUGGCCACACACGCGCCGUCUCUUGCGUUAAAUUCUCCAAUAACGGCCACCUCUUCGCCUCCGCUUCCUUGGACGGAACCCUAAUCGUCUGGUCCACACAGACCCUAACUCAGCUCUCACGUCUGGUCGGCCAUUCCGAAGGCGUUUCCGACUUAGCAUGGUUUUCUGAUUCCAGUUACAUAUGCUCCGCCUCCGAUGACCGCACACUCCGUAUAUGGGACGCACGCGCCGCCGAGACGGUUAAGACUCUACGGGGACACACCGAUGUUGUUUUCUGUGUGAAUUUCAAUCCGCAGUCGAAUCUUAUAGUUUCGGGUUCGUUUGAUGAGACUAUUCGGGUCUGGGAUGUGAAAACUGGUAAGACGAAUCAUGUGAUUCUUGCGCAUUCGAUGCCGGUAACUUCGGUUCAUUUCAAUAAAGAUGGGUCGUUGAUUGUUUCGGGUAGUCAUGAUGGUUCUUGUAAGAUAUGGGAUACGGCUUCUGGGGUUUGCCUUAAGACCCUUAUUGAUGAUAAGGUUCCUGCGGUUUCUUUCGCCAAGUUUUCACCUAAUGGCAAGUUCAUUCUUGUUGCCACCCUUGAUAAUGCUCUUAAGCUAUGGAACUAUUCUACUGGAAAAUUCAUAAAGAGUUAUGCAGGCCAUGUGAACAGAGUGUACUGCAUAACGUCCACAUUUUCAGUCACGAAUGGGAAGUAUAUUGUGAGUGGCUCAGAGGAUCGAUGUGUCUACAUAUGGGAUUUGCAAGGGAAAAAUUUGCUGCAGAAACUUGAAGGACAUGCUGAUACUGUCAUUUCGGUGACUUGCCACCCUUCAGAAAACAUGAUUAUCUCGGCUGGACUAGAUAAUGACAGGACAGUGAGGGUUUGGGUCCAAGACUAAUGUCCUCAACUGUGUAUUAUAGGUUUUUGCCCAAGGACGUUUGCUUGCAUUAACUAUGCGUAACUUGGCUGUCGCGACGAGGUGCAACAGAUGGCAGUGAGCCCUGUGUGUUUGAGUAGUGCAGUUAUCUCCAUAGUACGGAAGUUGAUGCAAGAAUGUUGGUUAUCAAGUUAACAAAAAACUUGCUACUGUAUUUUCUUUUUCGUAUGUGAGAAACUAGAUAUGUACUGUUUCUCCAGAAUAUUGAGGAGAAACAUUUAAUGUAAAGAAGUUAAAAUAUAUGAAUAGAAUAAGUUGUUUCAUUCA